AUGAACAAAACUUCAACUAAGAGCAAGACUCACAAGUUUAAAAAUAAUGACGAGCUCAAGAAUGCUUAUAAGCAGCUGCCUAGAUUAGACAAGUCUGAAGAUGAUGACCUCGGCCUAGAAGAAUUUCUAAAUGUAGGAGUAGAUGAAAAUGCUCGACUAGAGUAACCUUUAUCACAUGAAGAGCAACAAUCAUUGUGCAUGAAGAUGUUUCCGGCUCUUGCAAGCAAAACAAACUUGAGCUAGGCAGAAAUUGAGUAGUUCUAUGAACUAAAGACUGUCAAGGUUAUCAAAUAUGAUCUAGAGAGCACUAAUCAUGAAGCAUAAUUACUUUAACUUGCAAAUGUACUUUUCUCUGAAAUGAUAGUUAGAGAUAGCUAGUUAAAUAAUUUAAAGGGUUCAUAAUGGAGAGAAUUUGGGUUUCAGAGUGACAAUCCUAGAACUGACUUCAGAGGUGCCGGCAUUCUUGCUGUGGAGAAUUUGAGAUACUUUGCUCAGAGAUAUGAUGAACACUUCCUGAUCGUCUUUUUUCACCUGACUAACGGAGAGCAAAGUGUGAUGCCUCAUCUACUAAAAUACAAAGCAAAAAGAAGCUAACUGAAGAACUUCUUGAGACUGUAGACCAAAGAUACGAAUACCUUAGCAGAAAUACACAGCAUCGCCCUCUGCUUUAUGUUCCAUUUUUGGAAGAAAAACGUCAAGAGACUCGAAAACGAGAAGUAAAAUAACCCUAAAAAGGCUUAGCAAUUAAUCAUGUCAAAGUCCUACAACUCAGAGCCCAGUGAAUGGACCUUUAAAUUCAUCUAGACGCUUCUCAGCUUCAAACUGAAUGAGCUUGUAGAUGUUAAAUUCUAUGGAGAGAUAUUAAGUCAGUAUUACCUAAAGAAGAAGUUCAAAAUGGUGUGA